GAUAAACAUUUAUUUGAUUACUUCAAGAAAACAACUGUGUAAUUCAGAAAAAAAGGGAAAAAAGAAUAUCUUGACAUUAAGGAAUACUCCAGAAAUAGACUGCAGUGAGGAGUACAUACCAACUACUAACAGAACGCAUUUUAGCAUCAAGCCAUGACAUGUUUUUAUAGUGAUAACACCUUAAUAUCUCAGUAUUCAAUCUGUGGUUUAUUAUUAGUCAAUUUUCAGGUUUUUCUCAGCAAAUAAAGAGAAAGAAACCUUAUUAAGGUAGACGGAUCCCGCCACGCUGAAUUGGCUUCGUGCCGCUUGAAUUGUCCCCAUGAAUGCAUCGCUCCACGCCAUUAGUAGUCAAACUGAAAUUCCAUAGCCAAAAUCAAUGGGUAAAACAAAAGCUUAAUGGUGAAGGAUCUGCCCUUUGUCCUUUAAUAAAAGCAAGCUGUCAGAAAGGUUUGGCGCUAAUAUCCCUAGUGCGAAGUUAUAAGAAAGAUUUGAUCGUUGUAAGUCACGACGAAAACACCACUGAUGUUCUGCGCACUGUAACUGAAGUGUUGGUGAAAGGAAAAUGAUGCUUGUACAAUUUUCUCUUUGUUUUUGUAUUUUGACUUGGUACGCAGCCCAGGGAGAGCAAGAUGUUCGCUACAAAGAUCAUGAGUAUCGUCUUAUCAGAUAUCUCUUUGCCAACUACAGCAGCGAAGUACGGCCUGUUCUCGAGCACAGCGAGCCCGUCGGAGUUAAAUUUGAUCUUGCUUAUAGUCAACUAGUCACAUUGAACGCUAAAAGUCAGAUUCUGACCAGUAAAAUAUGGGUAAGACAGUUUUGGUCCAAUCCAUUCUUGAGAUGGAAUUCCACAAAAUUCGGCGGAGUUACCUUUAUCAACAUUAGUCCAAAACUGGUUUGGAAGCCGGACAUAGUCAUGUACAACAGCAUUCAAGGUGACGGAGGCGAGAUGUAUAAUUUCUUGACCAAAGUCCAACUGUUCAGUGACGGUACCAUUCAAUGGUUUGCUCCAACAGAAGUCAAAUCGAUCUGUAAAAUAGAUAUAACCUACUUUCCUUUUGAUACACAAGUAUGUACCAUGGUGUUUGGCUCCUGGACUUUUACUGGCUCCUUCCUAAACCUAAGCCUUAUACGAGAUACCGCAGACCUAUCAGGGUAUACUGAGAGUGGUGAAUGGGACCUCUUAGAGGCUAAAGCYAAACGUAACGUAGUCAAGUACAGCUGCUGUCCAGACCCGUACAUUGAUAUAACCUAUACCUUUGUCAUCAGGAGAAAGCUCUUGUUUUACAUCAAUAACCUUAUUUUUCCCAUCGUCGCCCUGGCGGUUCUGGGUAUUUUUGGGUAUUUCCUACCACCGGAGUCUGGAGAGAGGAUUUCAUUGCUUAUCACUAUAAUGCUUGGCUUGAGUGUGUACACAUUGAUUUUUACUGAGAAUAUCCCUGCGACGUCAGAGGUAACACCACUCUUGUCACGUUACUCCACGGCGAUCAUGGUGGAAUUAGGUAUAUCGUUGGUGUUGAGCUGUCUUGUUGUUGGUAUUUAUCAYGGYGACUGUGCCAAAGACAUGCCACGAUGGUUCGAGGCUCUCAUCUUCAACGUCUGUGGUAAAGUAUUUCGCAUGAAAUACCCACCCAAGAAUGACAGCAACCAAAACGAGACCCGUCCUCAAGAGAAAUCAAAUGGCUUAAUCAAUAGCGAUCGCACACCAAUCUACUUCCCAUUGCAGAAGCAAGAUUCCCCUGGCCAGGAAGGAGUUAAUCUUAUCAGUGGUGAUAGUGUUCCMGGUUCCUCCUCACUUACCAGGAAACUUGAUGAAAUGAUCACCAAAYUGGACAAAGUUCUUGACAGCAAUAAUGARAACCAAACCGAAGACGAACGUGCAAGGAAGUGGCACUUUGCAGCUCACGUUGUUGACAAGAUUGUCUUCUGGAUUUACUCUAUGACCGUGUUGUUUUCAACCAUUGCUUUGUACCUGAUGAUUCCGUAUGAUAUAACAUCGCUUUCAAAAGACUAAGGACAUCAUGCAAGGKURUCGCUGCCUGGUGAUCACAAAGGACUAAUUUUGAUACAAGCAAAKACUUCUCUACUUCUGUUGGCUCUACUUGAMCACAGGGAAACAAUUGCAAAUGUUAGCUUUGCUCUGCAAUAUUUUUGUUAGCAAGCUAAACUUUUAAAGAGAAACGCUCUAAGUUAAUCGAAGAAAUUAUCUUAAAUUUGAUAUCAAUGCCGGAGGUGAAUACCAAACAAUAACCAGGAAAGGAUAACUGGCCAAAAAAUGUGACAACUAUGUUUACCAGUAAACUUAAACUGGACAAGUCACUUUUCUUCCAAUACCAGCAAUACCGAUAUAUUUUCUCUGGUCUAACUAUCAGCAGUUUAAGGUAUUGCCCAAAGUCCUAUGAAACAAUUCUGGUAUUUACAUAACAUGAAGUAUAAUAUAUUCUACACAAUGGUUAUUAAUCCAGCCAAACAGUUUGAUUCCAGGAUCCUGAUCCAGAGAUCAUGAAACCACAUGACCUGAUAUUUCUGGAUAAUCAAGAACRGUUGAUCCCUUGAUAUGUAUUUUUCAAUAGUUUCAAGUUAACAAUAAAGCCGUGAAUAUUUGAUAAUAAAUGUUGCCACAUAAAGCGCUGAGCCUAAAGCAAA